CACAUUUACUUUUGGUUUCAUUGCUGCCCACAGCGGCGAGGCAUCGUGUAAGGCGUCCUGCACCCAGUUGUCUUGUUCUCGAGUCUAGGGUCUGUUUGGAGGGUGAAGUCAGCUUUGGAACAGGAGACUUAGUGCGUUUCACAGAAUUUGUGGGUACAGUACAGUGCACUUGGAGGAACCUGUGAUGAUGGCUUCAUCUCUCUCCUUGCACAUCCAGUGUCCAGUGUGUUUAUCUGACUUUGUGGAUCCGGUGAGUCUGCCUUGUCAACACUCCUACUGUCGUCAAUGCAUCACCGGUCACGCCAACGUCAGCCUCGGACCAAGCCAGUGUCCUGAGUGCAGACAACCCUUCUCCAUGGCGGACAUCAGGCCCAACCGGGACCUCAGGAACAUCAUAGAAUCUAUCAGAAAAGCCCAUGCCAGCUCGACCGGACGGGAGUCUCCAAAGGGGGAUCUAAUGUGUGAAGAACAUGAUGAGAAGAGGAAACUGUUUUGUGAGACGGACCAGAAGCUGAUUUGUGUCAUUUGUAAGGAACAGGAGAAACAUCAGGGACACACUUUCGCACCAGUGAAAGAAGCAUCUGAGAAAAGCAAGGGUGUGGUGGAAAGAGUUCUGGGCUUUAUGUGUAAAGAGAAUAAAGCUCUUGAGGACCUUAUCACACGACAGCUUGGUGAGAUAUCUAAAUGUGAGGAAAAAUAUAACAGGCUUAAGACACAUAUAUCUGCACAGUUUGAGACAUUGCAUGAGUUUCUAAGGAAGAAAGAGGAGGAUAUGAAGAAGGAACUGGAAGAAAAGAGGAAGAAAUCUGUGACGGCUAUGCAGGAAAAGCUGGCAGACAUCCAGGCAAAAGCAGCCGAUGGCAGAGAGAGGGAGGUUAUCCUGCAGAACACCUUUACGAUUCCCAGACCCGACCACUUCCUGCAGUGGUGGCAAGAAAUAGAUUUUGCAGGGACAGAGGAUAAGAAAGAGGAGCAAGAUGGACAGACAAAGCCAGAGGAAGUUGAUGCUUGUGGCAGGUACAGGUCACAGGCCAAGGACCUGGUGGUGAUUCGCGACUGCCUGUCUAUGGGCCCCUAUGAGACCCACAUGGCCUACUGUGUGUGGAGGGAGGUGCUGCAGAAAAUCCAACCAGGCCCUGCACGUGUCAGCAUUAAAGACCUAGGAGACUCCUUUCUCAGAUGUUCUCCUGAUGGUCACAGCAUCCGCCGGAGAACCAGGUCAGGCUUUAUUCACAAAAACUACAACCCCAGUUCCAGCACCAACCAGACCUUCCAGACCGGCAGACACUACUGCGAACUGGAGGUUGGGGGCAAGACAGACUGGAGCAUUGGAGUAAAGGCAGAGUCUACAAAAGGUUCUCCACUUCAUCUGCCAGAGAAGGAAAUACAGCUCCACCUUAAGAAGGGCGACUUUGUCUUCACCCAUGAUGGUGUGGAGUCUCCUGUCUCAGACCUCAACACUGACAAACCUCCCAGGAGAAUUGGCCUGUACCUGGACUGUGAUGGUCAACAGGUGUCCUUCUAUGACGCGGACACCAUGACUCUGAUAGCCUCGUCCUUCUGUAGUUUCCUUCAGCCGUGUUCCAUCUCUGUGUGCCCAGGUCUCUACAUGGAGGGCAAAAACAGGGACCCCCUCACAUUCUACUGGCACUGAUGUAGAGAAUAGAAUAGGAUUUACAAUCCUUUACAUUGUUUUCAUUUCAACCUCAUUAUGAUAAAAAAAUAAUUUUAAUCCAAAUUUGAACAGAAAAAACACAUCACGUGUGGAAUUAUUUUGAACUGUCUUACAUUUCUCUCUGCCUAUUCAAUAUUAUCCUACAAAUGUUCUCCAAUGUGGUUACAUUGAAUACA